UGAAAUCUUCCGUAGUUUUUGGUGCACUUUUUAACGCUGCUUUUCAAGAAUAACAAUUUGCAAGGUUUUAGUCUUUACGACGUAAUUUGUGAGAUACGAUUUAGAAUGCAACGAUUUUAGAUGGUGUGUUGUUAUUUUAAUCCCCUUUUACCAUUUACUCGAAUAAGGUACAAUGUCAAAAGGUGUUUUGAGUAGUCUAAAGUCGUUAAAGUUGCCAACCCACGUUUGGAAGCGCCAGGAAAACGAACCAGAGGAUUCCAAUCAAAGAAAAAAGAAGAAAACCAAAGGAAUUCGUAAGUUCAUUCCUCAUAUUCCAAACAUGGGAAACUGGACGUCUGCCCUUCCUGCACGUCACACUCAUUAUAUCGAAAACGAAGAAGAAAAUGCCUUAAAAAUUAUGGCGAAACUGAACGAACUAAGAGAAGAAAAAUUGCAUUGUGACGUCACAUUUGGGGACAAUGGAGAAAAAGCUGCCCAUAAAAUAGUUCUCUCCUUCAAUCAGAAACUACUUGACUUGGCAGCAACGACUGGCGAAACUAUCGCUGUGGAAAUUGACAACGGUUCGUUCAUGGCUGACACAAAUGACGAGAAAGUGGCAGAACCAGAAGCCGACACGACGGCCACAGAUAAUGACGUUGUUGUGGAUGAUUCGACCGCAAACGCCGAAAUUGCAAAAGAAGAAACUCAAACGGAAGUGACGUCAGAGGACUCGCAAAAUGACGAAACACAGACUGAUGACGUAGGUUUGGUGUCGCAUCUUCAAUCAAGUGACGGAGAAACAAAGGAAGACGAAGAGAUUGCUACAACACAGGAGAAGGAAAGUACUGAAGUUGUUACAGAGGAAUCCGCCCCAGCUACGUCAUCAAGCGAUGACGUCAUUCCGGCUCCAUUAUGCGCGGAACUUGUAACAACCAUGGAGACCCCGGAAUCAGUUGAUGAAAAAAAGGAAAAGACCGAAGAAGAGGAGGUAAAGGAAAAAGAGGAAGAAGUUGCUGUUCCGGAAUCAAUGACGGAUCCGUUUGACGUCAUAGUAAACUUUCUAUAUACGUCACAUAUUGACAUCACCAAGCGUAACGUUAGUGCGUUGCGUAUUCUUGCUUUGGAAUGCGAGUUGAGUGACAUCGUAACUGCUUGUGAUGAAUUUGACAAAGUUUUGAGAACCGAGACCGUGAAGUUCGAAAGUAAUAAAGAGAAAGACGAUACGGCUGCUCAAUUUCGAUAUCGAUAUUCUGACCCAAGCUUACCCAGUAAGAUGAUGAAACACUUCAACGACCUACGCCAUCAUAAAAAGUUCGUAGACGUCAUCGUGACGUCACCAUCAAAGAAAAUCCGACUGGAUUGUCACUCCCUCGUUUUAUCCAGCGGAAGCAACUUCUUUGAACCAAUCCUCUCGCUAGGUGGCGACGCAGAGUGUGAGUUUGAAGUUACAGAAGUAAAAGAGGGUGUUCUGGAAGCUCUCGUGUCUUUCAUAUACACCGGAAAAGUUGGAGUAAACAACCACAAUGUAUCCAAACUCAUGCAAGGAAGCGAUAGAAUGCAGCUCUCUGAGAUUAUUGAAGGAUGUGCUGAGUAUUUGGAAACGACAACCAACGCUCACAACUGUGUCCAGCAUAGAAGCAUUGCCAUUGAUUACAAAUGUAACAAGCUAAAAGAAACAGCAAUGAGUUGUAUAGCGGAGCAUUUCUCUCAAGUUUCUAGAUCAACAGAUUUUCUCUUGCUAUCAGUGGGAGGGUUAAUUGAGGUCAUGACCUCGAAUGACCUCCACCUUGAUGCACCACUAUGUGAGGGAGAAAUGUCUGUGUUUAACGCAAUACGAAGAUGGAUAUCUCAUGAUGAGGAAAAUAGGAAGACACAUGUUGAUGAGGUCAUGUCAGUCGUCCGAUUUCCUCUGAUGAAUCAGCAGAAAUUAAUUGAUCAUGUGAUCAGUGAUUUGCUUGUCAUGGAAAGUGAUGCCUUGUGUGGGUUGGUGACCCGUGUCAUCAGCCAGAAACCAUUUCAUGCUUUUGACGAACCAGUGUACAUGAGAGGAAAUGAAUACAUCAUUACACUGGGUGGAAGUAGCCCUGUGUCUGACAUUACAAGUGAAGAACGGGGCUACACAGCAGUUGCUUAUAACCAGCAUGUCACUGUCUAUGAUGCAACACACGACCGAUUCCAUGAGCUCACAACAUUGCCAGAAACAAGAGCAUUACACUGCGCUGUGGCAUGUGAUCAAUAUGUUUUUGUGGUGGGAGGAUUUGAUUCAUACUCAUGUAUUGUUAACAACGUUCAUUGCUUUGAUUUGGCAAGUGGUAUAUGGGAAGACAUGCCUCAUUUAAAAAUUAAAAGAGCUUGUUUCUCUCUUCAUGUUGUGUCAGGCUUUCUGUAUGCCGUUGGAGGCUUGACACCAAACGGUUACACCUCCAGUGUGGAGAGAUUGGACAGAAGUAGAAAAACAUGGGAGUUGGCUGCUGCCCUUCCUUCAACAAGAUACAGACAUGCAGGAUGUGUUUACAAAGGAGAAGUAUUAGUAACUGGUGGGUGUGAGAAACUUGACAGUGUUUUGUCAUACAAUCCUAAAGUAAAUGAAUGGAAGAAAUGCAAACCAAUGAAUGUUGGUCGCGACUCGCAUGUUAUGGCUGUGGCCAAUGACAAAGCUUUCGUAAUUGGUGGAGAUGGUAUUAACUUCUCAAUGGAAUAUUAUGAUGGGACAAAUUGGAGUCUUAUCAACACAGAGAUGUCAUGCUCAGUUAAGAAGCUAUAUCUUCCAGGUGUUGCAGUUCUAAAUGACACCAUCUAUAUGUUGGGUGGCUGGAAAGCAGAAAGUAAUGCAAUAGGAGAUGUCAGAUAUUAUGACGCAGUUAAUGGAAAUUUUGUUGAAAGCUCAGAAACAUUGCCAAUACCACUUGGUUCUGCAUCAUCAUGCACUGUCAGAUUUCCCAAGAAUUAUUGGAAACGAAAGUUUCAUUGAACUUGAACGAUCUUUCCUAGGAUUCAGCCAAUGAUUUAGAAUGUAAAUGUUGGCAUUAUGUACCCGUUAAAAACAUUAACUGUACAAUUGUUAAUAGAAUCCUUUACAGUGUUGUUCAUAUAUCUAUCUUGCCGACAGGUGUUUAAUAGAAUGCAAAAGUUAGCAUUAUAUAUUAUAAUUUAUGUUAAAACAAACACUAUGUACAUGGAAUACUUUGAUUAAUAUAUCUUUAUACCUAUUUAACUGCUAUUUUAUGCCUUAAGUUUAUUCUGUGUACAGAACAAUUAUUUGUGUUGGAAGUAUGAGACAAGAAAUGUCUCAAGUGUCUUUGACAAUGGUUUGUGACGAUACUGUAUGCCAGAACAAAAUAAAACUUCAUGCUCUUAACAUUUGA